AGAAUAGGCAAAGGGGAAACAUGGAAGUGACUAACAAAUACAUAGUGAUAAAGCAUCACAUAGAAGAUGCUCCUAACGAUUCCCAUUUUGAGGUGAAAAAUGAGGCGUUUGGUCUUUCAAUUAAUUCAGGUUCUGAUGAUGUUAUAGUUAAGAAUCUAUAUAUCUCAAUUGACCCAUAUCUCAUUAAUCGCAUGAAAAGUUACAGCGCUUCCCACAAUGCUAUAAGCUUCUCAACUCCCUUAACUCCAGGCCAGGCUAUUGAUGCUAUUGCUAUUGGAAAAGUUGUGGCUUCUGGGAAUGUUAAGUUUGUGAAAGAUGAUUUGGUUAUGGGAGUAUUCACCUGGGGUGAGUACAGUGUGGUUAAAGAGCAAAGCAUAAUAAAAAAACUAGAGUCCUCUGAAUUUCCACUCACUUAUCAUCUAGGAGUUCUAGGAUUUAGUGGACUGACAGCUUAUGGGGGAUUUUUCGAAAUUUGCAAACCCCAAAAGGGUGAAAAAGUAUUUGUUUCAGCAGCAUCUGGAUCAGUUGGAAAUAUUGUAGGACAAUAUGCAAAACUUUUAGGUUGCUAUGUUGUUGGUUGUGCUGGGAGCCAAAAAAAGGUGGGACUACUCAAAGAAAAACUAGGAUUUGAUGAUGCCUUCAACUACAAAGAAGAAACAGAUCUAAACUCCACUCUUAAAAGGUACUUUCCUGAUGGAAUUGACAUAUAUUUUGACAAUGUUGGGGGAGAAAUGUUGGAGGCAGCAAUUAUAAACAUGAAAGCAUUUGGUAGAGUGGCUGUUUGUGGUAUAAUCUCUGAAUACACAGAUGCUGAAAAGAGAGCUUCACCAAACAUGCUAAAUAUCGUAUACAAAAGAAUCACAAUUAGAGGAUUUUUAGCUGCUGACUUUAUGAAUAUUUUCGCUGAUUUUUCUGCUAAAACAUCGGAUUAUGUCCGUAAUGGUCAGUUGCAAGUGAUCGAAGACAAGUCAUUGGGUGUAGAGAGCAUCCCUUCUGCAUUUGUUGGGCUUUUCAAUGGAGAUAAUGUUGGAAAGAAAGUUGUAGUUUUAGCAGGUGAGUGAUCAAGUAAUGAAUAGGUGGAUUAGUAAGAGAGACGUAAAUGUUAACAUUAUCUUUUAAAGAAUAAGAUUGUUUUUAACAAUACUUACUUUAAAUGAAGAUGGGGUGCUGGAAACUUCUUCAAUUUAUUCAAAAGUCUUUUAAAGUUUCAUCCA